GACGGUCGAAGAACAGGACACAGAAAUCGUAGAAGCCAUGACAGAAGCAGGUUAGAGCCAUCCUUCAAAGGAACCCGGAUACCGUCGCUGACAUGACCUAGGGUUGAUGGCGAGUAAUGCGCACACCGGGACGGCGGAGUCUGUCGACUCGACCGACACGAGAGACAUCACAGCAUCGAGAGACAUGUCGUCCUCUAAGGAUUCAUAUUGCAAGCCCGACGCAGAUGAAGAGGGUGUCCCCGGAAGUGAUUCAAGUGGUCAACAUGAAAAAUUGGUCAAUACCAAAGAGAAAAUCACAAAAAUGCAGCAGUUCCUUGUCAUAGUGACGGCUCUCGCUACCGUUUUCCAAAUGUCGGGUACGUCGCAUGAUUUUCGCCUCUCGAGGUGAUGGGUGAGUAACCUUGAUCGCAGGCCUGAAUGGGGCUUUCGGUAUCUUCCAGGCUCAUUACACUUCCGGGGAGUCGCAAAUCAUGCGCCCUGAUGAAGCUCGAAAUCGGGCCGCAAUUGGAGCUAUCGGAUCCUUGGCUUCUGGUGGACUCGUCAUGCUGUUCGGAUUCAUGCUUACCCCAUACCUCGAGAACCGUGCUGGUAUCCAGCGGAUUCUGGUGGUAGGGAAUGUGAUGUUCUCGCUCGGGUUGGGAUUGGCUGCGGCUAGUACGAGGUACUGGCAGGUAGUACUUACGCAGGGUCUGAUGGGCGGGAUUGGCUCAGGUCUUGUUCAGAUACCGCUCAUCAUGCUCGUCCCUGAAUACUUUUCCAACCGCUCUGGGAAAGCUAUGGGCGCUGUGACUUGCGCUGCCGGCCUGGGAGGACUUACUUACACGCCACUGAUCCAUCAAAUGCUCGACAACAUCGGAACACGCAAGACCCUUGGCGUCCUCAGUGCCAUCAACGCCGUAAUUCUGGUGAUUGCAACUAUCUUCGCACAGGGGCCUCGAAAGUUUGCAAAGCGUAGCACAUGCCGUGUUCCUUUGCCAAUAUUCGAAGAACCCAUCUUUCUACUAGUCAUCCUGAUGACUCUAUUCAACACGCUCUCGAUCUCCGUUCCUUUUCAGUAUGGGCCGGAGUUCAGCCAGUCGCUUGGUUUCAGUGCUACAAAGGCAGCUACGCUUUUGGCCAUUCAUAACGGAACCGGUUCCUGUUUUGGAAUGCUGAUAGGCCAUUUCGGUGACAAAAUCGGACAUCUCAAUACGCUGAUACUCGGUAUGGCCGUGACAUCACUCGCCACGUGGAUUUUCUGGCUGGACGCAGCGGUCAAUCAAGUCGCCUGGCCGUGGUAUGUGUUCAUCGCAUGCCAUGGCUUGGCUGGCAGCGUCUAUACGACACUGAUCGCCAGCCUCAGCGUGCAGCUCUUUGGGAAUGAAAACUAUAUCGCUGUAUCGGGGAUCCUCGGCUGCGCUCGUGGUGUUGGCUACGUGGCAGGCAGCCCACUCGCGGGCCUUGUCCUUGGAGAGGCAAAAGGCUACGAGAAAUCGUCCAAGGACUUCAAAGCGAUGAUUGUCUGGAUCGCGGGCCUGCUAUCCGCGUGCACCUUCUGCUUUUUCAUAAUACGGAGCAUAGAGGCUCGCAAGAGAUGCUGGAAGUGGAAAAUUUGA